AUGGAGAGCAUUCGUCGGACUAUGUCAUUCGGCAAUGCAGGAAAGACGUCUCGGCGAACAGAACUUACGACAGCACUUCAUCAAGAAACAGCACGACCUGUGAAGCGGACCUGUGGAACAUCAUCGAAACUGAUGGACCAGAACCUGGUUUUCGCUGAACGAAACUAUCUCAACUCUCUGGGCACUUGCAAGCAAACUGAGAAGAACCUAGAUGAUGGGAUUCGCCUAAUACAUCGGCUAUCGCAGGAAAUUUAUCCCGGGAAAAUUUAUUAUGGCCUUUCUACUGUCUGGAACUAUGACGGCGUGGAUGUGCAGAAGCUAUUCGAACAAGUGAAAAAACUAAUGCCUGAGUUCAACCCCAAUAUCAUUGUUACUGAUAAAGCUUUGUGGGCUGUCGAUAAGGUUCCAUGGGCAAGUUCGAUCGUCGACAGCGAAACUAAACUAUUGCCGACUUGGGAAAGGAAAGUGAAAGAACUCGUCGAGGUAGGAUUUGUUGUCAAUUUUGGACAGUCCUAUUUGGCGCAUGCUUUCAUGAAAACUUCGGACAUCUUUUGGUCUAAUUGUACGUCGAAAAACAGGACAAAAUGGCGCAGUACCUGCGAACCAACUACAAGUCCCAUCAUUCUCGUUGAAUUCUGGUGA